AUGCUCACUUCUGGCCUAACAAAUGCGCCCCUCACGAAAUCCCUCCUGAUCUACACGAUCGCCUCCUCGAUCGCGCUCUCCCUCUUCGACCUGAAACACAUGGCCGCCAUCCACGUCUCACCGCACUUCUGGCCCUACGCGCAGUUCUGGCGCGCGGCCGUCUGGCAGGUUGCCGGGUUUACGAAUUCCACUGAGGCGCUUUUUGCGGCGAUGCUGGUUUAUCAUCUCCGGGUGGUGGAGAGGGCGUGGGGGAAGAGGAAGAUGGCGACUUUCCUUCUUACGACGCUCCCAUACACGACUUUCCUCCCGCCUAUACUGCUCGCGCUUGUCGUGCGCCCGCUCUCGCUCAACACGCUCAAUUACCUGCCUUCUGGCCCGACGGCCGCGAUCUUUGCUCUGCUGGCGCAGUACCAUGCCGUGAUUCCGCAUGUGUUUCGGUAUCGGAUCGGGACGACUGCGUCUCGCGGCACUGCCACCACUUCCGCCAAUGAUACCACCACAACCACAACCAACAGCACAACUACGACAGGCCCUACGAGGACAACUCAAUCCGAAGAAACAACCACACAACAACAACAAUCAAGCAAACCCGCAAGUCCCAGCUUAACCCUUCUCCUCUCCGAUAAAUCCCCCACCUACCUCAUCGCGGCACAGCUCGCCCUCUCCCAGUUCCCGUGCACACUGCUGCCCGCACUGGUCGGGUGGGUCGUCGGCGUGGCGUGGCGCGCAGAGCUGCUCCCGGGUCUCUCGCCUUCUAGUCAUGGGUUUCGCGUUCCGGCGUGGAUAGUCGGCGAGCGCGAGACGCGGAAUGCCGCUUCGGGGAAUGUUGGUGCUGGCGCGGCGGAGAGGGAGCGGUAUGAGGAUUUGAGGAGGAGGUUGGAGGGGGAGGCGGCUAGUGCUUCGGCUUCCGGGUUGCAAGGGGACGAGGGUGUGCAGAGAAGGAACGCUGGUGGUGGUGGGGGGUUGGUGGAGAGAUUGAGAGGUGCUUUUUGA